GACCUUGGAGCACGGACUACGUAGUAUGACAACCACGAAUUGAAGUUCUUUUCACUCUUCUCCUCUUCUCGUCCCUCAAGUUGAUCUCUCUGCCCUCCCCCCUCCUCACUCCUCAUCUCACGCCUCUCAUCCUCUCCUCGCCAACUCCUUCGCCGUCUCUCAAUAUGUCUCCAGCGUCACGGCAGCCCGGAGAGCGUGACCCGCUUCUACCCAAGGACGUCACCACGCCACAAGAGGAGGCUGCUCCAGAUGCCGGGCAGCAAGUCUAUACGCCUGGUGCCUCGCCUGCAAAGGCCGAUAGUAGCAGAGAGGCCUGGCUGUUCCUGGCAGCAUGCUGGGUAGUUGAGGCGUUCGUCUUCGGCUUCGGGCUGUCGUUUGGGGUCUUCCAGGACUACUACAGCAGUCACCCACCGUUUGCUGGCGCCAAUAACAUCGCUGCUAUAGGGACGACAACUACAGGCAUCCUGUACAUGGGAACACCCCUCGUCAUUGCUUUAUGCCGCCGCCUUCCCCACGCUGCUCGAUGGUUCACUUUAGCCGGCCUUCUAGUCGCCUCCCUCUCCCUCGCCGCAAGCUCGAUGUGUGUCACAGUCCCCCAGCUCAUCGCCGUGCUCGGUGUGCCGUUCGGCCUGGCAGGCUGCUUCGCCUUCUGCCCCUGCAUCAUCUACAUCGACCAAUGGUUCAUCAAGCGCAAAUCCCUAGCCAUGGGCAUCAUGUUCAGCGCCGGCGGCUUCGGUGGCGUCGUCUUCCCACCCCUCCUCGAACGCAUGCUCCGCGAGCUCGGCUUCGCAAGCACAAUGCAAAUCUGGGCCGGCGUAACAUGCAUCGCAACAGUACCCCUAGCAUACUACAUCAAGCCGCGCCAGAUCGACACUUCAGACGAACAUACCGGCUUGCUCAGCAUGCGCUGUCUAGGCUCCCGCGUCUUCGCCCUGUACCAGCUCGCAAACCUCAUACAGGCCGCCGGCUACUUCCUCCCGGCCAUCUACCUGCCCCUCUACGCCCGCGUCGCCCUCAAUGCCUCGGACACCCAAUCUGUCCUCGCCCUCAUCGUGCUCAACUGCGCCACCACCAUCGGUUGCGUCGCCAUGGGUGCACUCGCCGACCACUGGCACCCGACCACCUGCGGUGCUGUCUCCGCGCUCGGUGCCACCCUCUCCACAGCCCUGCUCUGGGGCUUUUCCAGCUCGCUCCCUGCGCUAUACACCUUCUGUGUUGCGUAUGGACUCUUUGCCGGCGGUUGGCCGUCUAUCUGGCCCGAAGUUAUGAGCGAGGUUGCGCGCCGGGCCGAGCGCGCCGGACACGGCUAUACGGAUCCCCUCGCAGUGUAUUCGCUCCUGGUACUAGGUCGGGGCAUUGGGAAUAUGGUUUCGGGCCCGUUGAGUGAUUGGCUUGUGCAUGGCGCAGCGGCGCAUGGACACAGUGGGAUCGGGUAUGCGGGCGUCUUCGGGCCCAUGAUUGCGUUUACGAGCGUGACGGGCUUGUUGAGUGGGAUGAACCUGUUGUGGAAGUACUUCGGCUGGUUGUAAAUGUGAUCGAAGGCGGAGAGGGCACCGUAGAGAAAGGGGGUGGAUGCACCUGUCGGCGAUGGAUGGCUGGACGGCUGGAUGGAGAGGAUGUAUGAAUGAUUUGCACCGUAUAGCGAGCGUGCCGCACCGUACUUUCCUUACCUGUAAUAACCUUUGUAUUCCCACUGCGAGACAGUGUUUCUAAUGUGUCAAGAGAGGGAUUGAGCGGUACAGCGCUGGAAAUGAAUCUGAUAACGGCCUUGAUCGACAGAAAACAUCUAGUUCAAUAUACGCAAACUUAUCUAUCCA